UCGUUGCUCUGCAGGAGCUCCUCUCUGCUCUCUCUCGAAACGCACAUAACGUAAUAAAAGCUCGGGCUCGCGAGCUUGAAUCACAGUUCAAAGUGUGUCGCAGGUGUGUCGAGUAGUAGUACAGUGCGGUGCAGUGCGUACACGCGAGCUACUCGCAACCAACACAGCAACAAUCCCUUCCUCUGCGCGUAAUAAUAAUAAUAACCGGAUAUAACUCGAAUCUUGUGUUGUGUGCAAUUGAUGUGACUGCUGCGACGGAUAAAGUGAUAGAGAGAGAGAAAGAGAAAGUAAGAGAGCGCGAUGACCUGACACACUCACAUAUACUCCACAAUAACAAGAACAACAACAACAACAGCAACAUGCGCCACGACGCGACGGCCUACUACUACGAUGCUGCUGUUGCCGCUGUUGCCUCUGCCACUGUGUUAAAUGUGACCUAAUAAUAUCUCGUGUCGUGUCGUGUCGUCGUCUCGCUCGCGGCUGUCGGCGUAGACAGGCCAGAGCUUUUGGCUCGCACACCGUGUGUUGUUGCCACCCCCAAGCGCAGCGACGAUGCAGCGGUCGUCGUUGUCGUUGUCGUCGACGAUGCAGCAGCUUCCGCUGCUACUCCUGCUGGUCGUGAUGGCGAUGGUUAAUAGCGGCUACUCCACCUCCUCCUCGUGUCCAGACUCGUGCGAGUGUCGCGCGCCGGUGAUCGAGUGCCGGGUGCGCGUGCCCGAGCUCGACGAGCUCGACCAGCUCGCCGCGGACUUUCACGAGCUGCGCGUGCACCAGGUCGACCAGGAGCAGCUACGACCCUACGUGGGCGGCCGGCCCAACUCCACGUUUCUCGCCGGCCUGCAGGCCCUGCAGCUGACCAACUGCACGAGCCUCAGCGACCUGCACUAUCUCCACUGGGACGUGUUGCGCAGCAACGGCGCCAAUUUCCCGGUGCUGCCCAACGUCAGGCUGCUCAACGUCUCGCACAAUCAGCUGGGCGAUCUGCAGGGCUAUCGUCGGGUCGACCGCAAGGUGGCCAAUCAGCUGCGCACCCUCGACGCGUCCCACAAUCGCAUCAGCGGCAUCGGCCUCAUCGACUUUCGUCACACCUCGCAGCUCACCUGGCUCUCGCUGGCCAGCAAUCGCCUCGACUAUCUCAGUCCGGCCAAUUUCCGGCCGCUCCAGGCCCUCGAGCACCUGGACCUGGCCGACAACGCGCUCCACAAUCUCGAGGGCAUCUUCGACUCGCUCGCGGCGCUGCUGCACCUCAACGUGGCCGGCAACAAGCUCGAGCACGUGCAGGCCAGCUGGUUUCAGAAUCUCAGUAGGCUGGCCGAGCUCGACAUAUCGCGCAACAAGCUCACCUUCGUCCCGGCCGACACGCUCCAGCCACUGGCGAGCCUCUCGGUCUUCAAGCUCGCCGAGAAUCCGCUCAUAGAGCGCGACCUGUCGCUGCUGCUGGGCACGGGUCGACGACUCGAGGCGGUCGACGCGUCGCGGAUCGGCUUGCUGAGAGUGCCGGCGGCUCUGACGCGCUCCGUGCGUACUCUGAAGUUGAUGGGCAAUCAGUUGACGUCAAUCAAUAGCGGCGACCUCGACAGCUAUCCGCUGCUCAGGUCGCUGGACGUGUCGGACAAUCGACUGAUGAUCAUCGAGGACGACGCGCUGGGCCGACUCGACGGCUUGGAGGAGCUCGUGCUCUCGGGAAAUCUCAUGCCUAACAUACCUAAAAGUCUACCGAGCGGCUUGAAACUGCUCAAUCUGCGACAGAACGCCAUAUCCAAGCUAAGGUCCAACGAUCUUCAGGGUCUCUACCUGCUAAAAGAGCUCAAUCUCAGCGGCAACGUGAUAAGCUGCAUCGAGGGCGAGUCGUUCCGCCAACUACCCGCCCUCGAGAUACUCGACAUCUCCGACAACCCCAUCAAGAAACUUCUCUCGGACACUCUGAGCGGCCCGUCCAAUCUCGUGCAGCUUCGCAUGUCCGGCCUGAUGGCCCUGGAGGUCGAGCGCGACCAGAACCAGGACACGGCCUUCCCCGUGCUGCAACUCGAGCGACUCGUGAGUCUCGACGUGUCGCGCAGUCCGGUACUGGCGGCCCAACUGUUGGCCGACAACGCCGCGCUUCCGGCCUGUCGCAGCCUCCAGCGGCUCGAUCUCGCCUACACCAACGUGAGCGCCAUCAGGUCCGAUCUGGCCUAUCAGCUGCCGCAGCUGCGCCUCAUCAAUCUGAUCGGUAACAAGUGGAACUGCAGCCCGGAUCAGCGCUGGCUCGGCGAGUGGCUGCGCCAGCAUCCCGACUCGAUCGAGUACUCGACCAAGUGCGUCUAUCCGCCCGCGAUCGAAGGUAAGCCACUGGAGAAGAUGCAGAGGAUGCCACCUCGUCGCGAGAGGAUCAACGACGAUGACGACGACGACGACGAUAAGCCUGCGACUACCAAGCUCGACGUCGUGGAUCGUUCGAAUUUGGUGUUGGUCGAGAGCGCGACGAGCGAGGAAAACGUCGUCGUCGUCAAAAGCAGCAAGGAGCAGCUGCGUAACAAAGUAGAUCUGCCCGAUGCAUCGGAGCGCGGGAAAGAGAGUAGAGGCAGCAGUACCGACUCGCCGUUACUCACGACGAGCGACGUCGGCAAGAUGGAUAAUACCGUGCCGACGUCGGAAUCCAUCAUAAUAAGCACGCCGCAGGCUGCUACUACCGCCGCCUCCGCUGCUACAUUGAAAAUUCAAGAAUCCGAAAAAGUAAACAAAGCAGCAGCAGCAGCGAAGAUAAAUAAAUCUCGGGAUUUCUCAUCGAUCAGCUCGCGGCAAGCCAUCAACGCCACUAAUGGAGAAGAAUGGCUGCUGGCGCACUCGACGUCGAACGGUAGUAGUGGUAGUGGCCCGGAGGCACGCACCACUCAAAUAACCCGAUCAAAAAUGGCUAAACUUUUCACGCCCAGUGCCGCCAAGUCUAUCGCGUUCAACAAACGGACCGCCGUCACGGCAGCAACGGACGAAGCAGCAGCAACAACACUGCCGCCAGCAGCAACGACGAAUGCGAAUCCGACCACGGCUGCGGCACGCGUGACUAAGCAGCAGCACGUUACCGAGGACAAAGAAUUAUUAUCUCGAACUGCCGAAAUUCUGAUGAAAACGACGGAUUCGAUAGCGGAAACAAGUACGACUACGACGACGACGACAACGACCACUGCGAAAUCAGUGCCACCGUCGACUACACCGUCGAAAACCGAGAGAUCUGAGAGCAUAAAGAACGACGACGGCUCGAUGAACAAAUACAAAGUCGCGAAAAAGGACUCGCUGAUCUACGAGGAAAAAUCCACGUCGAACCAGGUGGUGUCGGAUUUCUCGCGCUCGAAGCUGCUCAGGACCAACAGCGACGACGAGAUCAGCAGCAACGUGCCCAGCGUGUCGACCGGCGAGCUGCUCACGAGCAGCAGCAGUAGCAGCAGCAGCAGCCAGCUGGUGACGCAGUCGGGCGCGCACACGUCCGAGACGGUGACGAGCGAGGCUCACCCCGGCAUGCUGGUUCUGCUCGGGGCGGCCAUCGGCGCCGCGGCCGCCCUCACGGUCAUCCUGUCGCGAAGGGCCACCGCGAAGAGGCGAGACCAUCAGCGCUAUCAGCGCCACGAGAACAUCGAGGUUCACGCGCUCAGCAGCCCGACCCAGGAACUCUGGUGAAUAUCCUCUGAAAGCUUCGACUUUGGGAUGGAACGAGAUUAAGGCAGAGAGAGAGAAAGAGUCAGUGACAAUAAUAAUCAAGAUAAAGAGUGAUAAUGAAGUUACAUUGAAAAAAAAAAA